GCAGGUGGAGGGGCAGCAACAAGUCCGCCGGCGGCGGGGAGGAGGGCGGGAGGCAGCGGGGAGGGGGGGGUGCGCUUCCCGCCCCGCGCCUGAAAACCUCUCUGACAAGUGGCAAACCGCUAGCAGAGCGCGCUGCUCCUCCGGAGGGCGGGUGGAAGCCGCGGGGGCUCACCCCGCACCCAGCCCUGCCGCCGGCUUUUGGCUCGUCGCCACAGCCCCCCCUUUCGCCGCCGCCCCCGCUGCGGGGGUGAGUCGCGACCCGCUGCCGGGCGGGGUGCGGUGCGGGCUGCGGUGCGCGCUGCCGCUCCGCCUUGAAAGUGUGUGAGCCCCUCGCGGGCUCUUCUUCUACUUACCGCAUUUUUUUAGGUUGAUUAUUUUUUUUUGUUGUUGUUGUUAUUUAUUUUCUCGCACUUUUUUUUUUUUUUUGGCCAUUAUUUUUGUUGCCGCUGUUUGUAAAACUAAUUGCCUCUAUGGGGGGCGGAGGGAAGGAAAUCAAAGCCGCCGCAGCUGAAGGGUGUGCGAGCACGCUGGGGAAGAGCCGAGGAGCCGCAGGACGGGAUGGCAGCGGGAAGCCCGGCGGCAGCGGGAAGCCCGGCCUGGGGACGCCCGGCUGUGGCGGGGAGCGCUGCCCGCGGCGGGCCGGGCCGCUCGGCUCGGCGCUGGCCGCGCUCCUCUCGGCGCUGGCCGCGGCCUCCUGCGUCUACCUGGGGGUGCGGACCAGCGACCUCCAGGCCAGGGUCGCGGCCAUCGAAGGCGCCCGAGGGAGCUUCUCUGCCGCCGCCCCGCUCCCGCCGUUGCCCGGCUUUUCCCUGGAGCAGCUGAACGCGAUGAUGCAGGAGAAAGUGGAGCGACUCCUCGCCCAGAAAUCCUACGAGCACUUGGCAAAAAUACGAGUAGCUAGAGAAGCGGCUCCAGAGUGCAACUGCCCACCAGGUAACAGGCACAGCUUGGAAAUCUCCUCUCUCAGGCUUGUAACUCUGGGGUAUUUGGUGUCCCAGGUUUUUAGAAUACAC